UUUUAUCUGACUAGUUUGUUUUGCGAGGGUUUGGACUUAACCCUGCUUAGGCAGCCUGUUUUGCCCCAGAAGAAAGGGCUUGUGGUGGGAAGUCGCUAACUGCAGGGCAGGAGAUAGAAGCAGGCGAGAAGUGAGUUACCUGGAAAAUUGUUAGAAUUUGCUUUGUAUUACUAGUCUAAAUUUAACAGAUGGACCAUUACUUUCUCUUUAUUGACCUGACAAGCAUAUUGCCUGGCCAACAUUCAUUUAUUAACUUGGAGGACAAAUAUUUUCCCACUGGCAUCAAGGAGAUCAGACUGGGGCCCAAAUACGUCUGUGUAGGAUUGGUGUCACAGCAAAUUUAAUAAAGCUGGCAUUGGUAUUUCAGAAAGGAGUAGAACAGCAAGAUAUAGAGCAUGCAACACAAUCAAAAGUCACAUAGAAUAGCUAGAAACAAGAUAAGAACUGGAAGUGUAGAAUUGAAGUAGCCAGUUUCUGUAGAAAGGUGGCACAUAUUUUUGAAAAAGACUGAACAAUCGUGCAGUCUGAAAAGAAAAAAGAAAAUGGGCCUAUUUAAAAUUAGUAGCAUAAUUUUUUAAACAAAUAAAGAAAAUAUUCAUUUUUAUUAGAAGACACAUAAGAUACUUAUAUAUUAAUAAACUACAUAUAUUGGUAAACAUAUUCUGUGGCAUUUAACAUGUGGAUGUCCUUCUGUGGAUGUUUGUUGCUUCAUUCGAACAGGGAGGGUGGAGAAAAAUGAUGCCAGAUUUAUUCUAACUGAUGAUGAUAGACAGUAUCACUCCCAGGACCACUGGAGAAACAAGUUCUUCUUCUAUCCUGAAGGGCACACAGUUGUCAUGGUGUCACAUACAAAUUUCCCCUAAGGUAUCUGGCAUAUGCUGCAGUCAGAGCCAGAGCUCCAAACAGGAAGAACCUUUGAUCUCUGCCAGUGCAGCACUUGCUUUGUUUCUGGGAUAAAAUUUGGGCCUGCAGAAAUGUUUAUGAGCCAUUACUGAUAUAAUGUGAUCUAAAUUAAUCUUGUUUUAUCUGUUCCAGUUAAUGAUCUUUUAAAAUUUGGUAGUCAGUAGAGAAUAACUGGGCUUAUAAGGUUUUUCAAUUUUCCAAAUGCAUAAUUUGAGUUUGUAAUUGAAAGAAAGGCACCUUUACUUUCGAUGAAAUAACUUUUUUGGCCUCGCAAGAUAUGAUUUAUACUGAAAGAUUGAAUGUGUUAUAAUUAACUCUAAUUUACAUGCAUACUAGUGCUAGUGUACUGUGCUGGUGGAAUCAGAUCCAUUCAUCCAUGUGUCUUAGAAUCUUUACUGCUAAGAGAUAAAAGCAGUUUUCCCGUAAUAUCGAUAGAAGGGAGUGGAAAAAGGAUAACUUUGUUCUAUCUUUUUGACUUACAGUCCUGAGAACUGGUCAGUGUCUGUCAUGAGUUAGUUGAUUCUGCAGCUGCUUUAGUCAGUGUCCCGUGUGGCCCCAAAAAGUCAUUCUUGGCAUGGGAGAUGCAGUGAAACAUAGAGACUUAGGCAUCUUUCCUUCGAUCAAGCCACGAGAGUGGUGCCAAACUGCUCACAGGAGCCCUUAUGCUAAAAGGCCAAGCUCUGAUCUCUUUUUUUUUAGUUUCUUAUUUAAUAGAGUCCUUUAAACAGAGAUGAGAACCCUUCAGAUGACUUACACAUCUGAAAAUUCUAUCUUCUAUUAUUGCAAAAAUAUUUUUUCUUGUCUCACUGUAUCUCACCAGGAGUUUCAUCUCCUGAGUGGACUCUGAAAGUUUUAUUGACUUAUCAAGCUCUUAUAGGUCAUGAUAUCAAAAGUAUCCAUCUUUUACAGAUGUUUUCAAUUGUCCUGGUUUCAUCUAAGAGCUACUGUAGGAGACAAUUCUUCUGAAAAGCACGAAUGACUGUUUUAAUAGAGGAUAUAUAUUUCAGAUUCCAGGAAGUUUUAAUAUCUGUCUAAGCAGCAAAGGUUUUCUCUUCCCUUAGAACUCUGGAUUGAUGUCGUCCUCCGUGGAGCAGACUCUUUGACGUUGAACUUUUCUGAUUAUUUUGCCAUAUAAGAAGCUAUAGACCACUUUAUUCGCCAAGUGGUCAUUAUUCUAUUGUCUUUUCUUACGCCAAUGAAGGGGAAAACGUAGAAAAAAUGAUGAGAGAUUUUCUUUUGCCAGUUAUUCCUUUAAUUUUAGCAUAUAGCGUUACUGAAUUUUUGGCACCCUACAUGUUAUCUCAUCACCUAUGCCAAGGACACUGAAUAGGAUGGAUUGCACAGGCGGGGGCAUUACCAUUCUUUGUCAUCAGUUAUAGUCCUGUUGGGGACGUGGAAAUUUUCCUUUGGCUUCAGAAGAACCUUCUUUAUUUUGAUUUUUAAAACCAUUUUUGUUCCAGAAUGUAUUUCCCACAGUGCACUGUAAUUUUUUAAUCUCUCUAUAUUUUUUAAUAUAAAGUGAAUAGGCAACCACUAGGAAAUUCAUACUGAAGAAAUAAAUCGCUAAUAACUUCUACCAAAUUAUUUUCUCCUUCCUCUUGUGAGGCUUGUUUUGUUUAGUGAUUUGUAUAUUGAAACCAUUUUAGAACAUUAAUUUGACUUUCAACUUAAUGCUCAGGAUGCUGUAGUGCAAUAUGGCUAGCAAAUUUUUGUUUUCAUAUACCAGCUAACAAAUAUUUUUACUGAUUGUAUCACAUUUGCCUACUUAUAAGGACUACUUUGUGACUUCUCAAUAAAUAGAAGACCUGCUUUGUUUAUCUUUCAGGCUAAUUUUACACCAACAUCACUGAUUUGGGCAGUAAAGAGAUGCAGAGCACUUUCUAGGAUUUUAUGCCAAUGUAAGAAUGUUAGCCAGUUUGACCAUGACAGGAAUAAAAAAUAAUAAUUGGAAAUGAAUUGCUUUCAUAGAAUAAUUUUGAAAAUAAUGAUAAUAGUGUUCCUGUUGUAUUCUAUUCUAAAAUACAUUUUUUUUCUAAAAGCUACUUCAGAAGUAAUUGGAGCCCAAUUCUGCUCAUAGCACGAUAAAUCUGCUUGCUGCAAAUUUCUGCUAAAGUGGCUGAGGGAUUUUGACCCUUCUCUAUAGCAAGAACACCAUCCUUUUCUAAAGAGAAAGACUCAGCAUACAGGACAGUUGCAUUGAUUUUGAUGAGUUAGUCUAGCCUUGUCGGGAUGGAGAAAGAGGCAAGCCAACUCGAGAGGGACCACGUUCACAGUGUAUAUGAGAAAAUUGCUCCUUACUUCAAUGAUACACGCUACAAGGCAUGGCCAAAGGUGCAGCAGUUCAUUUCAGAACAGGAACCAGGCAGUCUGAUUGCUGACAUUGGCUGUGGAAAUGGCAAAUACCUUCACAUCAAUUCUCAAGUCUAUAAACUGGGUUGCGAUUACUGUUUCCCGUUGGUGGAAUCAGCGCGAAAUGAAGGCCAUGAAGUAAUGGUAUGUCACAGCUUGUGUCUGCCGUAUCGAAGUGAGUGCUUUGAUGCUGUCUUAUCCAUUGCCGUGAUUCACCAUUUUUCAACGAAAGAGAGGCGCAUGCGAGCAAUAAAGGAGAUGGCUCGCAUCUUGAGAGUAGGAGGCCAGAUAAUGAUAUCUGUGUGGGCAAUGGAGCAAAAACGGAGACGAUUUGAAAAGCAAGAUGUCUUUGUUCCUUGGAAUCCUUCACCUCCCUCCUGCUCCUUGGGUGAUCCAUGUUCACCUGGAAUACAAAAACCAAUUCUUCACAAGGACAAAAAGCUGGCUUUGAACCAGUGCUGCCAUAAGUUGGAUGAGACUUUAGAGGUAUACAGGAAAGCCAGAAGUUCUUCCUGUGGAGGGGGGAAGAAAACCCUGUGCACAGUGUUUGAUAAAUCGCUGAGAUGGUCUCUGUUCUCAAGAUCACUUGACUCCGUAUUAGACUUGGGUAAUCAGUGGCACCGAGAAGAGCUCAUUAGGUAUCACAAUUACAGUGUUCAGCUGAACGAAUUAAACAGAAAAAAGAGAAUUGAAAAAAACAGGGAGUGUGGCUUUCUGAAGCACGUUUCCAACUUUUUUCUACACUGCAAACAGAGUUUUGAAAAUACAACAGCUUUUGAAGUGGCUGUUAAACCUAUGCCGCCCAUGUCACGUUGCUCCAAGGCAUUCAGAAGUUGCUACUCAGAAUUAGGCCGAGAGACUAUACAGCUCCCUGUGGCUGCAGAUACUACUAACAAUGGCAGCAGAGUGUGUUUACCUGACCUGAUUUCACAUCAGAAAGAAUUAGCUGUCAGACAACAACUUAAAAUAGAUCAUCACCCAAAACAAGGAGCUUUCUGCGAACCUCGCAACAAAACCAGAAGAGACUGCUCUCCACAGAAAGCAGUUGAAGAAAGUGCCCCGAGCAUGAAGAGCAGACAGCAGCAGGGCCCUAAUGGGGCCUGUCUAAGGUAUUACCAUGUUUUUAAAGAAGGGGAGUUGGUUGAACUGAUAGAACGUCAUAUUCCUGAGCUACAUAUUAUUGAUUCAUACUUUGACCAUGCAAAUUGGUGUGUGAUUGCAGAAAAGACUAAAGUGUGGAAGAUCUAGGGGAACUUUUUAUAUUGAAAGGCACAAAGAACACUUAGGGGCUUUCUUCCUUUUGAAAGCUCACUGCCUUUGAAAAUCUUUCCUGAAGCUUUUCAUAGCCUCGAGUUUGUUCGGGGGCAAGAGGGAAGCAUGAGGAGGGCAGUGUUUUGAAACUCUCAGGCUCUGUGACUUUGUUUUCUUUGAUUUUGUUCUUAAAAUACAUUUCUAUUGAAAUUUUUUUUCUAGAGGUAUUAUUUCAUACUGAGCACAUUUUAGCACACUGAUCCCUUUUAAUAAAUAGCUGCCAGCUGUGUUUUGUUGCUUUAAGAAAGGUAAAAUACAGUUGGAAGUGGAUUGCUGGAUUGUUUUUUAUGUGUAUAUUAAAAGUCUUUGUUACUCAUUUAUAACUA